AUGGCGAUCUCCAGCGCGGUGGCCGGUAACCUGACGUCGCUCUACCUGGUGGUGAUCGCCGCGAUGAAGGCCUACGGGAUGGCGGCCGGCCGGAGCUUCGGCGGCGCCUCCGUCCUCAUCCUCUCCACCGCGGUGGUGGCGGCGAUCCUGGUCGCGAGCCUUGCCUGGGAUGUCUCGCGCAAGGCCGCGCACGCGCUCAUGGCGGCAAGGGAACACGGCCACGAGAUGUGCCGCGGCGGCAUCUGCUGGCACGGGGUCGCCGUCAAGUCGCCGGCGUCUCAGGUCCGUUUCCGCCUCCCUCAGCACCAUUAG